AUGAUACAAAUAAAAGUACUGCAAGUGCUUAUAGUAAUUUUUGUUAUGUUAAAAAUUGAGAGUACUCCAAUUCAUUCAAGACCACGGUAUUCUGAGAAAUGUUGUGUCGGAAAUGAUAAUAUUACAUCUGUUUUUUAUAUUGGAUUAACUUAUGGUUACAAGGUUGUGAUAAGUAAACACCUUCCCGCAGCAACAGAAAUAAAGGUGAAAUUGGAUUCCGAAGGGAAUAUACAGUUUGGCGGGGAAGACACUAGCGGUACAUAUAAUGCAAGGUUUACUUCAGAAAUAGAUCCUUUCACCAAUAUUUUCUCUUUCGUACUGCUUAAUGAUGUAAAUGAAUUUAUUUUCACCAUUAAAGGAAAGCAAUACCCAUAUCAGCCACCAUAUAUACUAAGCCUUAAAAUUGAUGGCGUGGAAAAUUGUAAAAAUCCUGAUUUAACCUAUUUCCAUCGAUUAGCGCCUUAUACCGGGCGAGCAUCAUUUUGGGCUGCAGCACCUAAUAAAUUUUGUGGCAGACGACGAAUUAGUGCACAAUGUAUUCCACUAAUAGUGAGUGGUGCUGAAGGUAGAGCUGGUGACUGGCCGUGGCAUACAGCGAUAUAUAGAUCCAAUAAAGGCAUUUUACAAUAUACUUGCGGAGGAACACUCAUAUCAAAAUUUUUAGUUUUAACAGCUGCACAUUGCGCUACUAUCCGUGGUGUAGCAAUCAACCCAGAAAUACUUGGAGUGGCUUUAGGAAAACAUAAAGUUUUUGGAAAUGAAAUAACUGCUCAGGAUAAAGAGGUGCACGAAGUGAUUAUUCAUGAAGACUAUGCUUACAAAACUUUAAAUAAUGAUAUUGCUCUGUUAAAAUUAAGCUCAGAAGCUGUUUUCAACAAUUACGUUCAACCAGCCUGUCUUUGGCUAGAUGACAUAUAUGAUCAACUGCCCUCUUAUGAAGUACAUGGGACUGUAGUAGGAUGGGGAAUUGAUCAGUUAGAAAAAUUGGCAAAGAACCUUCGAACAGCAACAAUGCCGAUAGUUGCAGACGUAACGUGUAUACGAUAUGAACCUGUUUUUUAUACAAAUAUGUUAAACGGAAAAACGUUUUGCGCUGGACAAAGUAAUGGCACGAGCGCAUGCAAUGGAGAUAGCGGAGGAGGCUUUGUUGUAUUCUUUGAAAAUGGAAAAAAAUUGAAGUCCUGUCCUGCUCGGACAUUGCUCUUGCAUUGCACGAAACCAAAAUUUAAAAAUCAUGAUGAAAUAAAGAAAUUACGU